AUGGCCCACAGACUCGUCACACACGACGGCAGCCAGCUGGAUGGCGCCCUGGUCGAGCGCCUGCAGUUCUUCGGCCACACGCUGUUCCGCGAGGCCAUCAGCAGGCAGUGGCAGAGGUGGACGCCGGAGCAGAGGGCAUCGGUCAAGGCGGUGCUGCUGUCCUAGGCCUUAAAGGCCAUCGACGCCGUCGCCGCCGACCUGACAUCCACGGCUACGGGUGCGGGCAGUGACGUGCUGCUGCGUGUAGAUGCGCACGGCAUCAGCUGGACCGAGAGGGUGGCGCAGCAGGUGGAGAGUGAGGAGAUGGACACCGAGACGGACAAGGUGGCCACGUCCAUCGUGAGCAUCGGGGCCGUGUUUGUCGACAAGUACGGCAGGAUCAAGAACGCAUGCGGCCACGCGCUCAGGUCCACCGCCGCACUCGCACAAGACAUCUGCGGUGAGUGAUGCUUCCGCGUACAUCGCUCGUCUGUCCAUCCAUGGAGUCACGCUCUCUCUCUCUCUCUGUCUGUGUCUGUCGGUGUGCAGCGUAUCUGGUCGGCUUACUGGCGAAGCUGGGCCAGAGGGUGAUCGCGUCAGCGGCCUUCCAGCAGGGCCGCAAGGUGGAUAUCGAGCCACUCAUCCUCUCCCACUGGCGGCACCAUCCGCAGCGGCCCCUGCCCAUCGUGACGGCAUGA